UGUCAUGUCUUAUAUCCGGCUCCUGCCGUGCAAUCAGCCCUUCUCCUCUUGAACCACCGAUAUAAUCAUCAUGGCAAAGACGUCCGUAGUUUUGGCCCUGGCGUCCACUGUGGCCUCUCAGUUCAUCAACCUCCCAGAUGUGCCUCAAGGUGUUUUCAAUGCCAGCACGCAAAUCGAGAUGGAGGGAACCUUCGCCGCAGCUUGGGACGCCCUGGUACGUUCUCACGCAUACGAACAACGCACUCAUGCAUGGACGGCACUGACUUUGGAUCGUCUUGUCAGACUGACUUCGCGAAUUACCCGACCUGGAACCCAUUUGUUCGAGCAGCCAUCGUUAUAUCCCCCCUGAACCUCACCUUGCCCGAGCAAAGGCCGGUCGAGGGCGAACGUCUGUUCCUUCGUCUUCAGAUCCCGCCGCUGCCUCUACCAGUGGACCAGAACACGCCCGACAACCCCCUCAAUACUCAAGUCGCGUACGAAAACAUAACCCACGUGCAGCCCGAGCUAGGCCGAGUCGCCUGGAAAUACUAUUCCCCUGACGGAGUGCUGGAUGCGGUGCGUUGGUCUGCCAUAACCGAUGUAGGGAACGGGAGAGUCGUGUACGAAAGUCGCGAAGUCUACCUGGGGCUGCUCGCUCCUACACUGCAGGUAACUAUGGGGGAAUCUUUACAGAAGUCUUUCGAUGCGCAGGGCAAAGGUCUGAAGCUCUUGAUAGAGAAGGCGGCGAAAAUGUAG